AUGAAUCCAAAUUCUGGUUCUUCUUCUACUGCUGCUUCUCCUGCUAGAGGAGAAGGAGGAGAUGGGGAAGGUGGAAGGGUGAACAAGGGUUCUAAGCCUAAGAGGCUUUAUCAAGUUUGGAAAGGAAGCAAUAGAUUUUUUUGCUGUGGGAGAUUGAUCUUUGGUCCUGAUGUGGCAUCUAUUUUUCUAUCAACGCUUCUUAUUGUUGCCCCUGCAAUUGCUUUUUGUAUUAAAGUCUAUCGCAAGAUCAUGGACAAAGGUACCACAAAUCCUGCCCGGUGGUAUCCUGUAUUAGUUGUGGGCUCCAUCCUUACUGUAUUGGAUUUAGUGUUUCUCCUCUUGACAUCUUCCAGAGAUCCUGGAAUAGUCCGUAGAAAUACAAGGCCUCCUGAGUCGGAUGAAACAGGUGACGCAAAUACUCCAUCAAUGGAAUGGGUCAGUGGGAGAACCCCUUAUUUGAGAUUACCUCGGACAAAAGACGUGAUGGUAAACGGCCACACUGUGAAAGUUAAGUACUGUGACACCUGUUUGCUCUAUCGUCCUCCCCGUGCUUCUCAUUGUUCAAUUUGCAACAACUGUGUUCAGAGAUUUGAUCACCACUGUCCAUGGGUUGGUCAGUGCAUUGGAAUUCGUAACUAUCGGUUCUUCUUCAUGUUUAUAGCGACAGCAACCAUCUUGUGCAUAUACGUGUUCGGGUUUUCUUGGGUCUUCAUUCUUACUGGAAAGCCACAUACUUGGAAAAUUAUAACUCACGAUGUCCUUGCUGAUUUUCUCAUAGUCUACUGCUUCAUAGCUGUCUGGUUUGUUGGUGGCCUCACAGCUUUCCAUUCCUAUCUGAUUUGCACAAACCAGACUACAUAUGAGAAUUUCCGCUACCGGUAUGAUAAGAAGGAGAAUCCGUAUAAUAGGGGAGUGAUAAGAAAUAUCAGAGAAAUCUUUUUCUCCAAGAUUCCGCGUUCAAUGAAUAAAUUCCGAUCAUUUGUGGAUGAAGAUGAACAUAUGGCAGUCGGUUCUCUGACGCCAAAUCUUGGAGAUAAUCUGGUUAGCUCAAAGGAGAAAAUCGACAUUGAAAUGGGAGCUAAGGUUGCAGGAUCGAGUAAUUAUUCCCUUCCAGAAAUUUUGAGAAAUUUGGAUUACGAUGAUGAUUCAGAUGAUAAUUUAAAGAUGAAGGAGGAAGGUGGAAAACCAGGCACGGACCCAUUCUUCCAUGGUGAGCUAGAUUUGAAAGAAUCAGUGCAAAUCUCUAGUGUUGGACAUGGAUCAAUAGAAUCUGUACAAGGUUCAAAUGCCUUGGAUGGAGUGAGGGAAUCUGCUAGAAGUUCAAGAGAAUCUGUCCAGAUUUCCAUUGCUGAAGAUGGAGCCGGAGAAUCUGAGCAGAGUUUCAUUGCUGAUAAUGGAGUGAUAGAAUCUUUGCAAAACUCUACUGUUGAAGAUGAAGAGUUUAUAAAGAAUUCUACCAUUGAAGAAAGGACAAAACUGGCUGAAGGAACUAAUGACGAUCACAAUUCUCAUCAAACCACAGCACUGGCUCUUCAAUCUGACGUAGUGAAAGACAGACCACAAGCCAUGAUCCAAAAGGCGUUAUCAGAGUUAUCGUAA